AAAUGGAAACACAUCGGAGCAGGAGCGUCUUCUUCACCUUCGGACUCGUUCGAGAGGGAGCAGAGGAACCGAAGAAUCUGUUCAAGACCAGCCUUCAUAUUCAGUAGCGAGAUAGAGAGGGGGCUGAGACGAACCCAAAUGGCAUCGACCUCGGCGGCGGCGGCGGCGCGGACUGGUGGCGUCACCGGACGGAUACGGCACGCCGCCGUGACGCUCCACGACGACAAUCAAGCACUCGUCACUGAAUUUUUGAAGGCUUUCGGCAUGUUAAAGGAAGUUGCUGUUGCUCUGGAGAAAGACAAUCAGACUCAAAAGGUGGAAGAACUUGAAAAUGCGGCUGUGGAGUUGCUGCAAACUUAUGAAGAUUGUACACAUUUGUCAACAGCUAUCAAAUCUGUUGGUGAUACAUAUGAGCCUGGUGCUGAGCUAACUGAUUUUGGUAAGCUAUUUGACAACGAGAUUGCAAAGCAAAAGUCAAGUUCAUCAACAGAUCCACAAAACCACCCAUUAAUACGCCAAUUUAGGGAAGCAGUAUGGAAUGUUCAUCAUCGUGGCCAGCCUAUGCCUGGUGAAGAGCAGGAUGAUGUCAUCAUGACCAGUACCCAGGGCAACCUUUUGAAUGUCGCUUGCCCAUUGAGUGGAAAGCCGGUUACCGAACUGUCGGCUCCUGUUCGCGGUGUGGAGUGCAAGCAUAUAUAUGAAAAAGAGGUUAUUCUGAAUCAUAUCAGGUCCAAGGGUGGGAACUCGAAGUGUCCUAUUGGAGCUUGCCCUAAGGUACUGUCAGCAGAUAAAGUAAGUUGCGACCCUGUGUUACUUUACGAAAUCGAGGAGAUGCGCAAACGGAAUGCCGGGACUGAAGUAGUUGAAGAUUUUACCGCGCUCGGUGAAGAAGGAGAUGAUUGAUGGAGAUGAUUCUAACCGUUGCUGACCAAAUUAUCCUGGAAAAAGCAACUAGGCUUGCUAACGUUUUUCGAACUGCUAAAAUAGAAACGAGUUUGUACAGAAGAUGUUAAACUUAAAUCCAUCGCCACCUUCUAUAUACUGUCCCUUGUAGUGUUUCAUGCUUCUUUUGUCCUCCCAUGAUUGUGGGUGGUAUAUGACAAAUAUGUCGGUUAACUGC